GGUACAUGCGUUCGGAUUAACAAUGGGAAAACGAGAAGAUCGUCCUUGAUAAUUCACAAUCACAAAAUAUAAGCUUCCUGUUCAAAAUGUCUAGGGCCCUGGGUAUUGCCUGUGUGGUUUCCUCAUGGAUUUUGCUUUUCCAGAUCAUUGGCGGAACAGGGGAGGCAUUCACCACAGAACUUGAGCAGGCACCGGAGGACGAGGCCCUGAGGUUCAUACAUGACUCUGUAAAGGGUAGCUGUAAGUGUUCCGGCACCACGUGUGGAUGUUGUCAGACGGUGUCCGUCCUACACGAGAGGAAGGAAGUGUGUAUCAAAGUGAAGUAUCUAAAGAAAAACAUAGGAGUGCUUUUGACGGUGACAUGGGGUGGAAAAGUCGUUUACAGCAAGGAAGUCUCAGUUAAAAACCCACCACCUGUUUGUUUGAAAGUGCCAUUCCUGGGAAAGGUUGGCAAACUUUGCAUCCAGCUGUACAACCUGCAUGCUGGAGGGGAUGGGCUCUCUGGAUGCUCAAGAAUAACCCUCAAAAUUGCUUUUGUCAAAGUCAUCAAGCUUGACCUUGGAUGCUUCAAAAUUCCUGUUGCUGAUGACGAAAUCGAAUUCGAAGGAGCUCCUUGGAAAAAAGAACUGAUGAAAUCCAAUGAAGUGGGCAGCCCUUUGCUAAACUACUUUCGAUUUAUGACGAAGCACAUACAGAAUCAAGAAAAUGAAUUGUAUGAGGUCCUCAUGCGAGAGAUCAUGGAAGAGGACUCUAAAUAUUAAGAAGAGAGGGGAUAGAGACUUUCAUCUCUUCUAAUUUUUCUCUCGGUUAUUUUAUCUAUGUCACACAGUCUAAAUUAUCAAGCUUGAGAGUUGAGACAGCGUCAUAAAGCAGACUGAAUCAAGUUGACUAAAAUGUUUAUAACGUAGUCACUAUGCAAUAUUGAAAAUAAAAUGCUUUUUGUAUGAAACUAUA